AUGGACCGCCUGGACGGCGCGGAGCAACGCGGCUGCCGCGCCUCGAGCUGGCGGCAGCAGCUGGACGCCCGCGCGGGCGGGGGCGAGACCCGCCGCGCGAAGGCGACGGAGGAGGAGUCGGAGGAGCUGGAGGCCCUCCAGGAGGCCAAGCGACUCCGGGAAUCACUGCACUCGGCCUGCAAGUCCCUGCAGUGCCUGCCCAACGACGAACGAUGGGCGCAAGGGCUAGCUGAUCUGGGUGGCCAGAUUCUGCUGCAGCUUUCCUCCAUCGGGGAGCUGAGCGCUUCGAUCCAAGCCGAAGAGGCCGCCCUAGAGGCAGAUCGGGCGCCCAGGUCUCUGGAGGAGCUUCAAGAGGAGGAUGCAGCUGCAGAAGCGGAGGUGUACCAAGCGCGCUACGCUUCGGCUAUGGUGAGGUUGCACCAAGAGGCGUAUCAGCAGAGCACCUUACAGCAGGAAGUGGCCGAGCUUCGCAGCCACCUGAGAAGCGAGGAUGUCGUGAAUGAGCACUUGACAACGACUUGUCGGCACCUGUCGGAGGCCUUGGCCGACUCACGGAGCCGCGAGCAAGAAAUGACGGCGGAGGUGCACGCGGCAGUCACGGCCGAAGUCUCCCGGCAGCCUUCGGCGUCCUCCGUUCUUCAGGCGCUGCUGCCAGAUUCCGACAAAGAAGCCACCAAGGGCUCCGCCAGCCAGCUGCUGGCUGCCACGCUGCGAGCGCUGGCGGCCGCCCAGCGCCGCGCCGCUGCCCACGAGGCCGCAGCCGCCGCCUGGCGCCGCCUCGCGGCCACGUCUCCAGCGCUGAAGUGCGCGCCACGGACGACGUCGCGGAAGGGGCGCGCGGAAGGACCCUCGUCGGAGCCGGGCUCCAAGCCCGUCACGCUGGCGCUGUCGGGGCGCCUAGAGGCCUACGUCUCUCAGCUGGGCGCUCAGCUGCGUGAGGGCCAUGCGGUGCGGCAGCGAGCGGCGCUGAGCGUGCCGGGGCCGUCGAAUGCGCAGGAGGGCAGAAAGGCUACGGAGCGGCAGUUGGAGGUUUGGCGCAAAGAGCUCUUCAAGACUUGUGCAGCAUGGCUUCCGGAACGGCACAGCGAUCAGCUGGCGACCGCGCGAGAACUCGCGCUGGAAGUGGAGGUGGAGGAGCUCGCGGGCAGAUAUCAAGCUUCGCAAGACCGCCUGGCCCUACUUUCCCAGCCUUCGCAUGCCCGGUUUGCACCCAGCUGCCAGCGGAGCCGUCAGCAGGUGUCGGCCCUGGAGUCCCAGCUGAGCCACACGCAGCGCGAGCUGCAGGCGGUGCUGGCCCGCGUGGCGGAGCUGGAGGCUGAGCUGGAGAGGGCAGAGGCGGCAAAGGCCUCUGAGGCCCAGAGAUCGCAGAAGGACGCCCAGCAGAUCUGCCCGGCCCUCGUGUCCCUGGCGGAUCAACUCCAGCAGAUGUCAGACGCGCGGAAGAGGUCGCAAUCUGGAAGCCUGGUGCUGGAAGAUCUGGCGAAGACCAAGCGAUGGUGUGAGCAGGUGCAGGCAGACCUGCAGCAAGCCAACCUGUCUGAGCUGAACACCUCAGACCUCGAUGGCUCUGUCCUGGGCAUGUCCCAUGACUCCACGGGCUCGUCCAGCGCGGUGCUGCAUCGGGUGGAGGCGUUGCUCGGGGUGCAGCACGAGCUCUACCAGGGCUAUCGCAACGUCACGCGGGAGAUUCACGAGCUGCAGCUCAAGAAGCAGGCGCAGGAGCAUCGGCUCUCCGAGCUCCGAAGGUCCCAGGAGAGACAGCAACUGCAGCUGCAGCAACGAGAGGCGCAGGAGGAGCAGUUGCUGCAGAAGCAGCUGGAUGCACGUCGGAAGCAGCUGGAGGAGUGUCAGAAAGCAGAUCGUUGGCGAGGGGAGGCGGAGGAGGUGGCGGCGGGUGAAGCCACGCUGCGGGCCGCGGCCACGAGGGAUCAGCGCCUCACCGAGGCGGCCACGGCGGAGAUGGCGGAGCUGGCGCAGGCACCGAUGCUGCCGGCGCUGCAAACUGCGCCGCCCGGUUCGGAGGUGCGGCGAGCCUUGGCGGAGCUGCGCUUUCAGUUGGGCACCGUGCAGGGCCAGCUGCAGAGCGGCGCGGUUCGUGGCGCGCGCCUCGCCGCGGAGCUCGCAGCAGCGCAGCACCGCGGCGCAGAGCUGCGGCGGAGAGGCGCGGCGGAGGAGGCGGAAGUGGAGGAGCUGAAGCAGGAGGUGCACGCCUUGUCCUUGGCAUCUUCAGCCGCCUGUGAGCGGCGCGACGCAGAAACCAGAUUGGAGGAAAGCGAAGAGGAGAUGGAGCAGGUCCGCGGCCAGUUUCAGCACACAUCCAAAGCGUGCCAGGAGUUGGCGGAAGGGCUGCGGGCAGCACGGGGCCAGGCGCGCGAGGAGCAGCGUGUGGCGGAAGAGUUGGAGAACAGGAGCAACUUCCUGGAAUCUGCCUUGCACAGGGCAGAGGCCAGGCUUCACACGCAGGACCGUCGCUUCAAGCAGGAGCGGGAGGAGUGGCACCGCAAGCUGCGAGCUCUGCAGCAGUCGGAGGCCAACAUGAUCCGCGACUCGGCUUCUGAGCUCCACGAGGCGUCGGCGCUGAAGCAGAAAGAGGCGGAGGCGGAGACGCUGGCGGGGGAGCGCGCGGAGCUGGAGGCGGAGGCGCGGAGGCUGAGCUCCGAGCUGGAGCUGGCGAAGCGCCAGGGCGCCAUGCAGGCGAAGGAGGCCGAAGCCGCAGCCCGCGCCGCGCAGAGGGACGAGGAGGUGCUGCUGAAAGAGAUCUCUUCCGCCCGCGGCCGCAUCACUGCCAUGGCCAAAGAGAUCGACCGCCUGCGUGAGGCAAAGCCGCCAUCCGGAGGAAUGCAGCUGAGCGCGUCCUCGCAAGACCUGCGAGCCCAGCGCUCAGAGCAAGCCAAGACCAAGCAGGUCCAAAGACUUCUGGCUCAAGAGGAGAAGCAGGAAGCUGGGCUCAAGGAGAAGAUCAGCGCCUCCAAGACCAGCGCCGUGGAUCUCCGGGAGCGCGUGAAGGAGGCGGAGCAGAGGCUCCGGACAAGCCGCGAGGACGUGGAGCGCAAGAAGGCGCUGGUGGCCGCGCUGCAGAAGCGGUGCCAGGAGGAUGCCCAGCAGAGCUCCGAGGAGAUGCACCUGGAGGAGGAGUCUGCGCGGGCGCUGCAGCAGACCCGUCGGGACCUGGCGCGGAAAGAGGCCGCCAUCAAGCACCUCCAGAGCGAGGCAGAGGAGGCCAAGGCUGAGCCCGAGUCGGAGAGUGGCGUCAGCACUGCAGGAGCCAAGCUGAAAGCGGAGAUGUCGGAGAAGGACCAGGCCUUGCACCACGCGGAGGCCAAGCUGCAGCUUGUCAAGGUGCGUCUGGCUGAGCAGAUGAGCAGCGCCAAGCGCUUGUCGAUGAGCUCCGGCUCUUUCCCCCUUCGGUCAAACCUCCGGCGCUCACAGCAGUCUUGGACGGAGACAUCGCUGCACUCAGCAAGCCUGGACGCCUCGAGAAAUUCGGAUGUCCUGGCUUUGGAGCAGGAGUUGUCUGGCAUCCUGGAGGCAGGUUCGCUCUCCUCCUGGGAAGAGUCGGCCGUGCGAGAAUCUUUGGAGAUCCUGAAUCUGCAGCCUAAGGCUCGCAUCCGCGCAAAAGAGAAGAGGAAGAAGGUCAAGAAGAGCGAGAAGCUGCGAAAAGAACGGGAGGCAGCGCAGGCGGCAAAGGCUGCCAAGGCAGAGGCCAAGGCAAAGGAGAAGGAGGCAAAGGCCGCACGCGCCCCGCCGGGCCAGGCAAAGCGCGGGCGGCCGCGCAAAGCGCCGCUGGCGCCGCAAGGCGUCGCAGAGUCAGAGCCGGGUGACAGUCAGGAGCAGGCCAGCCAGCAGAUCGAGGACCCGGCACUGAGCGCGCCAAGAAGGCCGACCUUGCUGGAGGUGCCUUCCACACCCAUAGAUCAGCUGCCCCCUUUGGAGGGCUUGGCGCCAGAAGAGGUGCAGAGACUGAGCAGGCAGGAGCCGUCUGUGGAGCCCGGUGCCUCUUGCGGGCCUCCGCCGAGCUGCGUCACUGCCUUCGCGUCCCUUAUGAGGUAUGUGACAGAGGAUCUUCCUGCCGAGACAUCUGCCAGACGAAAUGCGGUGGCGAAGGUGGCCCGGCACUUGGGCACCCACCUGCCCUUGCAGGAUGUGAACCAACUCUUGCGGCAGGUUCAACUCCAGAUGAUGGAGAAAUCUGGGCUUUCCGCAUCGCGCCUGGCUCCGGCAAAAGCAGCGCAGGUUGAGGCGAUGCCGGCUGAAGGUCCCGAGCUGGGGCUUCUGCCAGGCGUGGAGCCGGAGACGGAGAGUCUGAAGGCAGUGUGUAAGUUCAUUGAGCGCCACCCGCUGAGCGGCAGUCGGGACAGCAUGAAGGAUUUCAGGACCUUCGUGGCAGAGCUGGUGUCCGUUGAGUCCCCGGAGUGGCAGGCGGCGUGGCAGCUGGGCUUGGGCAAGUUGCCGGACCAGGAGAGGGACAGGGCGAAUCUGAUGCUGGUCACUACCAUGCUCGCCUUCUCCACUGACCCGGAUGCGGAUCGUCGCGAGCGCUUGUCGAAGGCCUUGGCGGACUUCGUAAGGUCGCACAAGGUGAAGCUGCGGACCCUGGAGGAGGCUGUGGUUGAUGCCGUGGACCAGGUCCAGGGCUGUUUUCGGUACCUCUCCGAGCUGGAGCAGGUGAUCUCAAGCCUGCUGGCCUAUUUGUACCCUGCGGCCAGCAACGCUGGAUACGGUUGGCGCCGGCCCGGUUGGUCCUUUGCAGAUUGGAUGCGGAUGGUUGAGAAAUUGCUGGGCCGCCUCGAGGAGACCGCGGCGGUAGAGCUUCUGGAGCGGACAUUGUAUCUGCUGGAGGCAAGCUGGCUGUGGAAGCUGUCGAAGAUGUCUACUGAAAUUCACUGCUAA